GGCAAACGGAAAAGGAAAUGAACCAGUGUGCAGGCAAGCUAACUUUAGUAAUAUUAAACUACAGUGUGCCGUUUACUCAGAUCACCAUGAAGCUCGCAAAACGGGGCAAAACUGAAACUUACAAUAGCUUCCUGUUAAGUUAGUCUACUGCGUCAACAUAGAUUGUUAGAUUCCUAGCUGAAUGUACGACCAUGGCUCGUUUACUGACGGCUGUUUUACUUUUAUGUUACAUUUACAUGUCUCGGGUGAAAUCUGAAGUAGCAUUCCUGGACAUCUCCAACGGGUCCUCACACAAAGAGUACUGUAUUACUUACAAUUCAUUAUGGACGAAUCUGUCGAAGUCUCUCGGGGAUGCUGUGGGGUAUCCAUUAGUGAACUUGACUUCCACGAACCUCUGCAACAGUUCAGGGCUGGGUCCUGAUACGCUGGUGGGGAAGGCGGUGGUGGUGAUGAGAGGGGGUUGUGGAUUUGUCCAAAAAGCAGUGAUUGCCCAGAACAUUGGAGCAGCUACCAUUCUUAUCGCAAGCAAAGAACGCCUGGACACCCCCUCUGGCAAUCAGACAGAUUAUCGGGAAGUCAAAAUUCCUUUGGCCCUCAUGAGAUACAGAGACACUGAGGAUGCACUAGAGAUGUUUCCAGAAGGUGUGUUGGUGAAGCUGUACGAUCCCCCCCCCGCGCCCCCGUUUGACGUCAGCAUCCUGCUCAUGUUGGCGGUUGGAGUCUUCACUGUCGCUAUGGGAGGCUACUGGAGUGGCGUGGCUGAAAGGGAUGCUCUGUGUGCGCCUCCUCCUCUCCCUCCUGUCGGGGGAGGUGCAGCGGACCCCGGGGAGCCCAGGGCUCACAGCGGAGACCUCUCCGUUUCCUCCCCAGUCAAAGUCGUGGUGUUCGUGGUGUUCUUGAGUACCAUGCUGGUUCUGAUGUUUUUCUUCUACAAAUGGCUGGUGUAUGUGAUCAUCGUGGUGUUCUGCGUGGCCUCUGCCGCGGCCUUGUACAGCUGUCUGAGUGCACUGAUUGAGAAACUGGGGUGCACGAGCAGCAGCAUGCCCUGUCUGGGUGAACCUGAAUCAGGCAUUGUCAGGACUGUGCUGCUGGCUGCUGUCUGCGUCUCCAUAGCUGUGGUCUGGGGAGUGUUCCGGAACGAGGACAGAUGGAUCUGGAUUCUGCAAGAUCUGCUGGGUAUGGCAUUUUGUAUCAACUUUUUGAAGACCAUCACCGUCUCGAACUUCAAGAUCUGCGUCAUCCUGCUCAGUCUCCUGCUGGUGUACGACGUCUUCUUUGUGUUCAUCACCCCUCUAUUCACCCGGAAUGGAGAGAGUGUCAUGGUGCAGGUGGCAUUUGGCGAUGAUUCGGGGGAAAAGCUUCCCAUGGUCAUGAAAGUCCCCAGAUUUUCAACCUGGAAUCAGGAAGCCUGUGGGAUUCAGUUUUCCAUCCUGGGCUUUGGGGACCUAAUUGUGCCAGGCUUGGUGGUGGCCUACUGUCACAGGUUUGACGUGUGGACUAACAGCGGAAAGAAGAUCUACUUCAUUUCCUGCACCAUAGCCUACCUCUCAGGGCUGAUCUGCACCUUCAUGGUCAUGCUCCUGAGCAGAAUGGCCCAGCCCGCCCUGCUGUACCUGGUGCCCUUCACCCUGCUCACCUGCACCGCUGUGGCCUGCCACAUGCGCCAGCUCCAAGCCUUCUGGAGCGGAACCAGGUCCGGGUACGAGGUGUUGGACUCUUCGAGGGACCCACUAUUACAAGAUGGAGAACAGGAAUACCAGUCCAUACAAAGGAACUGAUGAAGUUCAUAAGUAAAUCCAGAACAUAACUCCUGGGUUAAUUUCCUUUCUGCAAUAUAAAAAAAAAUAUUUAAGAUCAACUGACACUAGGGAAAUGAUGCCUUUACAGUUGACAGGACUACAUUAAAUGGUUUCCCAUCUACUGUAGACAUUUGCAUUGCAGUUUUGGCUUUCAAUCUGAAACAGCUUUAUGAUGAUUUUGAAAAAUAUUUAUUAUGAUGCAUUACAUUACGUGGCAUUUAGCAGACGCUCUUAUUCAGAGCGACGUACAACAAAGUGCAAAUCAAUCACAAUGCUGCAGAAUAGAGGGAAUAUUAAAUAAUAUGCAGUAGAAUUAUGGUUAGUGCUUGUUGUGUGUGUGUGUGUGUGUGUGUGUGUGUGUGUGUGUGUGUGUGUGUGUGGGUGGUUUGAUAAGCUGAUGAAGCACCAAGUUUUCCAAAACUGCUGAAAUUCCUGAAGGGAAUAUGCUACUGUUUUCUAAUGUUUCAUUAAUUUUGAAUGUCACUGACUUAUGAUUAAAACAUUUUUACUGACA